AUGGCGGCAACGAUCCCAUUUCUGACACUGUCUAUAGGUCGUGACCUUCGGAGAAGCGCCCUUCGCCACCGUAGUCGGAUGGUAGCAGCACGUCUUUUUGCGACAUCCAGUCAUCCCAAACUCACCACCACAGCCACCGCUACUACCACACAAAAUCUUACACCCCGGGCAAAUGAUGAGGUCGCUCGUCUUGCAGCUAGUCGGCGUCGACCCUUGACUCUAGCUGAUUUGCUGAAAUACGGCCGUCCGCCACUAUCAAAAGAAGCCCUCCUUGCCUCCGCCAACUUCACCCUCUCUCUUCUCCCAGCCCGACUGGCUUCCCGUAUUGAAGCUCUUCGAAACCUCCCAUUUAUUGUCGUCGCAAACCCGCAUGUCUCCAAGAUUUACGGCAAUUACGUUCAUUCGCUGUCAACGCUACUCCCCUGGCAAAAGCGGCAGGUCACGACCCUGGAGGAAGAGAAUCAAUUUGCUGAGGUACUAGCAGACCUCGUCCACACGCAUUCCAACACGAUCCCCAUCCUAGCACGCGGCUUUCUUGAAUGUCGUAAGUACAUCGAUCCCGCUGAGGUGACGCGGUUCCUGGAUACACAUUUGCGAGCGCGGAUUGGUACGCGGUUAAUAGCAGAGCAACACCUGGCGCUUCAUUUUGCGUCGCGGCCUGCUGGGGACGGAUCAGCCGAAGGACGAGAGCAGCCGCGGAAGGAUGCGCCGCCGUCAAACUAUAUCGGGGUAAUCGAUACCGCUUUGCAACCGGCUCGUAUUGUACGGUCGUGCGAGGAAUUCGUUGGAGAAAUUUGCGAACUGAAAUAUGGGGUGCGCCCACGGCUGGAGAUUCACGGACAACCGGACGCGACUUUCGCGCAUGUCCCUGUGCAUGUGGAGUACAUCCUCACCGAGCUAUUGAAGAAUGCAUUCAGGGCCGUCAUCGAGAGUGGAAACGAGCAGGAGCCGAUUGAAGUGACAAUCGCCGCCGCACCAGAUGUACCUGGCAAUCAUUUACAAGCACAUGAGCCAGUCACCAACGGUAAACCAGCAGACGCCCUAGACACAGGCGCUCAAUCCGACAGCGACGUCGGAUUCCACGUCGAUACAGUUGUUGGUACUGCAGACGCAAACGAGUCCAUCAAAUUCUCCACUCCAUCCUCGCAAAGCAUUACCCUCCGAAUUCGAGACCGCGGCGGCGGCAUAUCCCCGGACGUCUUGCCCCAGAUCUGGUCAUACAGCUUCACCACGUUUUCUGACCUGGAUAUGGGCGAAGCAGGCGGGAUAGACGCGCUAAACACGAUUUCUUCCAAUAGUGGCCAGCUGAGCAGCAUUGCUGGCCUUGGAUAUGGUCUCCCGUUGAGCCGCGCCUAUGCGGAGUACUUUGGUGGUAGUAUUGCCGUUCAGACCCUGUGGGGGUGGGGAACGGAUGUGUACUUGACGCUCAAUGGCGUUGGGAAGGUUGCUUGA